CUAAGUGCUAGAAAGAAAAACUUAAAAGAGAAUUUAUACGGUUUUGGUUGGGAAACUGACAACGCUAUGGAAGAAAAGUUACAAUGGAUCGAAUCGAAGUUAAUUGAAUAUCAACAUUAUAAAUGGCUUUUU